GCCUCACCCACUGCGCAGCUACUCAUUGGCGGCUGAAAUUUGAUUGACACUCGGUACGGAUAGGCGGGUCUUAAGCUCCGCUCCACCAAUCACUGAGGGCUUUGAUUACAAACGUUUUGAAUGGGCGGGUCUUGUGCUUUGUUCUACCAAUCACAGAGGGGGAGUGUUCAGUAACCAGGAAGUCCCUGCUGUAGUGACAGCGGGGAGAGGUUUGGAGCAGGAGCCCCGAGUCAUCAUGAGCUCCCCGUGUAAAUCUCCCCAUUCCCACUGUCACCAGCACAGCCACCACCAUGCCGGGCAACAUGGCGGACCAAAGGAGGACCAAGAGGCCGCCCAGCAAGUGGUGGAGGAUUACAGCUCCUGGGAUAUAGUAAAAGCCACACAACACGGCUUGCUUGACCGAUGCAGAGAGCUGGUAGAGGCCGGUUAUGAUGUUCGCCAACCGGAUAGCGAGAACGUGACGCUGCUGCACUGGGCGGCCAUUAACAAUAGACUGGAGCUUGUGAAGUACUUCAUCUCCAAAGGGGCCAUCGUGGAUCAGCUGGGAGGAACGUUAAACUCCACUCCACUUCACUGGGCUGUCAGACAAGGACACCUCCAGACUAUUAUUCUGCUGAUGAAAUGUGGUGCAGACCCCAGUCUGAUAGAUGGGGAAGGAUAUAACAGCGUACACCUGGCCGUCCUUUACCAGCACAUGCCCAUCAUAGCCUAUCUGAUCGCAAAAGGACACAACAUCGAUGGCCCGGAUAUGAAUGGAAUGACUCCGCUCAUGCUCUCUGCACAGAAAAUUAUUGGUAUGGAACCCACAAAUUUCCUCUUGAAGCUGAACCCAUCCUUGAAUCUGACUGACAAGAUCCAUCGCAACACGGCGCUGCACUGGGCGGUCUCCUCCGGCAAUGUCAAUGCUGCGGAUUUGCUCUUGGAAGCCGGAGCAAGUUUGGAUGUGCAGAACGAAAAGGGGGAAACUCCUCUCGACUUCGCCCGACAAACCAGAAAUCGCAUUAUAAUCCAUAUUCUGACAAGCGAGGCCAAUUCGAGGUCAGCACGAAGUUCUAGAACCUUCAAGGCCCUACAGAAAUAUGAGAUCUCAUUGGUGAUGAUGGUCUGCUUGUCUCUCUUGGGGGGCAUCGGCUACAUCCUAAACUUGCAUACAGACUCCUGGCUGUUAAAGGGGACGCUCCUCGCUCUGGUCACUGCCGGGUCCCAGCUCUUCACCAGACGAUUUGUUGGUUCAUCCAGUCAGAAGCACCUGCCCGCCAUCUUCUUCAUCAGCUCCAUCUUCUGGAUGUUCAUGACGUGGUUUAUCUGCUUCCUGCCUGAUAUGGCUCAGGCCACUGUCCAGGUGCCAUUUAUCAUCAGCGUCUCUCUACUCCUGUAUUAUUUCUACAAGACAUGGAGAACGGAUCCUGGAUACAUCAAGUGCUCGGAAGAGGAGAGGAAGCAGACUAUUAUCACUCUCGCUGAAGCCGGGUGUCUGGACGUCAGACUGUUCUGUUCUUCUUGCUUGGUGAAGAAGCCCCUGCGGUCGAUGCACUGUCACGCAUGUAACGCCUGUGUAGCUAAAUAUGAUCAGCACUGUAUAUGGACCGGCCAUUGUAUUGGCGCUGGGAACCAUCACUAUUUUGUACUCUUCCUGGUGGCGCUGACCGUCAUGGGUCACUGGAUGAUCUACGCCUCCGCUCUGUUUUGGGUCAACCAAUGCUCCACCAACUUACAGAAGGACGGCAUUGGCGGGUUCUUGGCAGAGAUUAUAUCGUGUUCCCCCUGGGUCCUGUAUAUCUUCCUCCUUACGUGUUCUCUCACGGUGUGGGCCACGCUGAUGCUUAUUCUGCAGCUAUACCAGAUCGCCUGUCUGGGUCUAACAACUCAAGAAAGGUUCAACCUCCAGAUGCAGAACAGAUUCAGCAAGCACCAGGUGCCCCUGCGGAAAUCUCCCUUCAACCGCGGCUGUAUCCAGAACCUGGCAGACUUCUUCCGGUGUCGGUGCUUCGGGUUGAUUAAGACCAAUUCCGUAGACUGGACGCAGCAGUACCACAACAUCUUCCAGGCCUCUAUGGUGAGGAGCGCCCAGUCAGUCUAGACUCCCCGGAAGCCAUGCCGUGCCUACUACUUACCGCCAUGCUCAGGUGACAAUAAGACAGUAACACCUGGGGGGGGGGGGGGUCCCAUGUAUAGCCCACCCUCUGGAGCGUCCAGGACCUCGCUCUAUCCGUGGAAAAAGGUGCAAAUGGGAUUUCUCCAAAAACUUUCCCCAUAAUACUUGUUUACAGGUCGGAUCAUCUGGAUCACUGCUGGGGUCUCACCACUUUCUGUAUAUAUUUUAUAUGUUAGUAUCUUCGUCAUAUUCACCUUUUACUGAUUUUUAUAGAAGAAUAUAACACCCCUGUGUACAUAUAA